UCGAUUCACCGCUUCAGACUCUGUUUUAGAACAAAGUCGAGUGCUUUCUUCUUCUCCUUGGCUCCUUUAGGCAUAUAUGGCCGCGUCUCUAACUUCCCUUCCGACCACUUUGGGUCUGAACCAUGGUGAUGAGUGUUGCUACCGUUUUCUCCCCAAAUCACCAUUGCCAGGCCAUCCUCUUGCCGUGAAGAGGAACAUAAUGGGUCACUCGCUGCAUUACGAACUUAGUACAGUGAGGAGAUUGGUCGUGACGGCAGCGACGGAGGGAUCUAGAAAAUCUAAAGAAAGUGAACCGUCUUGGGCGAAUCCUGACUCGGAUGAACCACCUCCUUGGGCUAGAAAUGAAGGUAGUUCUUCUACGUCGCAAGAGAGCUUUGAGGUUCCCUUCUACGUUUAUCUGCUAGCCUCCGCGAUUACUGCCAUUGCUGCUAUUGGUUCUGUUUUCGAGUACUCAAGCAAGAAUCCAGUUUUUGGGGUAUUGGAUUCUGACAGCAUCUUUUAUACUCCUGUGCUUGGAUUCUUUGCUCUUACUGGAAUCCCAACUUCUGUAUAUCUGUGGUUCAAAUCCGUUGAAGCUGCAAAUAAGGAAGCUCAAGAACAAGAUAAAAGAGAUGGCUUUCGUUAAAACCGUGUUGUGUGAUUCUGCAACUAAUACUGUGAUUGUUUUCCUCCACAUACUUUGAAUAUAAUUCUGCAUUUCGAAUGAGCUUGCUUCUGUUCACUAUUUAUUACCUCUAGAUUAUUAUUUUUCUCAA